CUCGGUCCGCUAGGAGCAUGCAAGUAUUAUCUCCUGUGCAAGGGGGGUAACCCACAACCUGGCCAAGCUUUAAAAGCAGAAAUAGACAACGCUUCCUUCUCUAUCCGAACACCAGCCUCCUCCUCAAUCAUCACCAUCCUAUCCAGCAUGAAACGAAUAGACAUCUCGUGUGCAUCCCAAGCCUCAACGGCCAUAUGCUCGAGCAUGGUGAACAAGGCCAGUCCUUCAUCUUCAUCAUCCACCAUGCAUUAUCCGGGCGACCGAGCCAUCGACCGCCACAAUCCCAUCAUCCGAGACGCGAGGCGGUCCGUCCGGUCGGCCCUCCCCAUCACUCCCCCUUGCAGCUCUUCUCACUGCCCUCCCAUCAGCCCCAUCCCAUACCACCAACUUCACCAGAAAACCGAACCGAACUCUCUCUCCCCUUCAAAAUCAAGCGCUGGCGACCCGGACAAGAACCGGUCAAGGACUGACCAAACGAAGAGCAAGAACAAGAAGAAGAAGAGGGGUGCGCAUAGCAUUUUGACCAGGAGCUUCUCUAGCAAGACGGAGACUGCGUCGGCUGCGAGGAAGAGCGUCAGCCCCGAGCCCAAGCUCGGCGACUCUAGAACAACUCCUCCUGGGUCGACCCGGUAUCUCUUGGGAGGCACCGGUUCUUUCGACAGGCUAUCAGAUCGCGACCCGGCUUCUGCACCUGCUCCGGCUCAGGCUUGGAGCAACAAUAGUCAAGAUCAUCAUCAUCAAAUUGUUGCUUCCAAGCCCACUUCGUCUUCUUUGUCAUCUCGCUUUACAUCCGCUUCGAACCAGGUGGUCGUCUUGAGGGUAUCGCUGCACUGCAAAGGCUGCGAAGGGAAAGUGAGAAAACACUUAUCAAGAAUGGAAGGCGUGACGUCAUUCAACAUAGACUCUGCAGCUAAGAAGGUGACCGUUGAGGGGGACAUAACACCGGUGGGUGUCCUGGCCAGCGUCUCGAAAGUGAAGAAUGCUCAAUUUUGGACAUCCUCAUCGACGCAAUAGCUUUCGAUUUUCAUUAAUCUUUCACAAAGCCUGCCGUGGAACAAUCUUUUAUCUCCUUGUAAUAG